AUGUUACCGUCUUCACACCGGAGUUACCUCGGACAGCAGAGCAAGGUCGCGUUGUUUCACCUUCUGUGCAGUAUUACAGGUGUGUGGUGCAGUCAGGUGGUGGUGCCUCAGAGGGUGAGUGCCGUGCUGGGGAAGAAUGUAACAUUAGAGUGCAGGGUGGAGGUUGGCACAAACCUUACUCUUACUCAGAGUUCCUGGGAGCGCCGUCUGCCUUCAGGAUCCGUCACAGUGGCUGUCUACAACCCAGAGUUUGGCACCUCCAUCCCUCCGGAGUUUAUCAAUCGCCUGUAUUUUCGCUCGCCCUCCUCUCAUGACGCCACCAUUGUACUGGAAAACGUGGGCUUUUCUGACGUCGGGAUCUAUACCUGUAAAGUAGCCACGUUUCCUCUGGGAAACACUCAAGCCUCCACUACUGUCAAUGUGCUAGUGGAGCCAAAGGUCUAUGUGUCUGCUGGUUCGACCGCCCUGAUCGAUGGUGGCAAUGAAACUGUGGUGGCCAUCUGCAUCGCUGAGCGAGCUCGGCCCCCUGCCGAGGUGUCCUGGGAGUCCAACCUUUUUGGCCAGUCAGAAGUGCAGCUAUUCGACGACGUCAACGGCACGACCAGCACACAAGUGCGCUACAUCUGGCAUCCCACACGCCACGUCCAGGGCCACACGCUGACUUGUGUGGUCCGCCACCCGGCUCUGCAGACUGACUUCAGGAUCCCCUACCAGCUCAAUGUGCAGUUUGCUCCUGAUAUCUCAGUUGUGGGGUAUGAUGGAGAUUGGUAUGUGGGACGAGAAAAUGUUCAAAUGACGUGCAAAGCCAAUGCAAACCCACCGGCUCACCACUUCAGAUGGAUCAGAUUGGACAGUGAAAUGCCAGAAGGGGUGGAAAUAAUAAACAGCACUUUGCUCUUCCUGUGUCCCCUCCAUCGGAAUGACUCUGGAGUUUACAGGUGUGAGGUUGCCAAUGACAUCAACCUCCGCAGUCGGGAUGUGCGCAUUCUCAUACAAGAUCCUCCCACCAUGCCUUCCACCAUUACCGCUCCUGUCCUAACUGGCUCUUCCCCCUCCACCUUUGUGGAUGAGAAAGGCCUUGUCCUUCUGAGCUCCCCCACCCUUGAAGCCCUACCUGAAAGUAAUCUUGGUUCCAUAGUGGGUGGGGCCGUGGGAGGGGCCUUGUUCCUGCUACUGCUGUUGUCUCUGGUUGGCGUGUGUUACCUGCGGAAACAACAGACGUUUCAUGGGAACUACUACACCAAGGAGUACCUGGGCCCCAAUGAUCUUCAAAAGGCCCCCACGCAGCAUGAACUCCAUCCUACCAAAGCUGGCAGCAGCUCGAACCAUCGAGACCACGACCGAGAGGAGUGGGGCGACCGCCAGCUCAAACAUGAGCGUGACCGCCGUCACCAUAGCAACUAUAACGGAGAGGAGUAUCCCGUUAAUGGGUACACUAGGGCAAUGAGGGAGAGCAAUCGCCACAACCAUCAGCAGAAUCACCAUCAUGAACACGCACAAUAUUCAACUCCACAGCCAGCCCGAUGUGCCAGAUACCCUCAUUCACCUAAACCACAGGGAAACGGCUCCCCCUACCUGUCAGAUGACUGCUACGAUAGCGGUCCCGAGGGUGAUUAUGUGUCGCACACAGAUGGCUCAGUCAUUUCACGUAGGGAGUGGUAUGUUUGACAAGCUACCUGGCUCUGAGGGAGCAGAAAUACAACAGAAAUUGAAAGGUUUUGUUAAUUAAGUUAGGAAGAAACACUUCUCUUCUGUACGCACAUACUUGUUGACUAAUCUCUUUUCUUUAGUUCCCUUGUUUUGUUCAAGUGUCCUGGUCGACACUUGAGAUGUUUCUGUUUUUGAUGUGGACAGACUAUGAACUGUACAACCAGGUUGACAGUCAACAUCCAUGGUAACAGAAUUGGGCAUGCCACUAGUUUGUGUGUGUAGAGACUAACAAGAGAUGUGAUGUAUGUGUUGUCUCUGCCUUACUACAUGGACUGCCACACUUUAUUUAGCAUUACUAAUGUCUUGUGAGUGGAAGCCCUGGGGGCUUCAAGAUCACAUGUUUAUUUAGAAGAAAGUUUUUCGUGUAUUUCUACAAAAUCCCAAUUUUUUGUGACACUAGAUCA